AUGUCUUCGCGGCCGGAUCUCAGGGUAGACGAUGAAGUCGGCUUCAUCCGCUUCUACCGCUCCAUCUCCUCCAACAACACCAACACCAAUAAUAACAAUGACACCAUCCGCAUCUUCGACCGCGGCGACUGGUACUCGGCCCACGGGACGGAGGCCGAAUUCAUCGCGCGCACGGUCUACAAGACGACCUCGGUGCUCCGCAACCUGGGCCGCAGCGAGACGGGUGGCCUUCCCUCGGUGACGAUGAGCGUGACGGUGUUCCGCAACUUCCUGCGCGAGGCGCUCUUCCGGCUGAACAAGCGGGUGGAGAUCUGGGCGACGGCGGCGACGGGCGGCGGGCGCGGCACGGGCUCGUGGAAGCUCGCCAAGCAGGCCAGCCCCGGCAACCUACAGGACGUGGAGGAGGAGCUGGGCAGCGUCGGGGCGCUGAGCCUGGACGCGGCGGCGCCCAUCAUCCUGGCCGUCAAGAUCUCCGCCAAGGCCGGCGAGGCGCGCCACGUCGGGGUGUGCUUCGCGGACGCGAGCGUGCGCGAGCUCGGCGUGAGCGAGUUUUUAGAUAAUGACGUUUACUCGAACUUCGAGUCCUUGGUCAUCCAGCUGGGCGUCAAGGAGUGUCUGGUGCAGAUGGACGCCGGGCGCAAGGAUGUCGAGCUGGCCAAGAUCCGCGCGAUCGCGGACAGCUGUGGCAUUGCGGUGUCGGAGCGGCCCGCUGGGGAUUUUGGGGUGAAGGAUAUUGAUCAGGAUUUGACGCGGUUGUUGCGGGAUGAGCGGUCCGCGGGGACGCUGCCGCAGACGGAGUUGAAGCUGGCGAUGGGCGCCGCCGCCGCGCUGAUCAAGUACCUCGGGGUCAUGACGGAUGCCUCGAACUUCGGGCAGUAUCAGCUGUAUCAGCAUGAUCUGUCGCAGUUCAUGAAGCUCGACGCGUCGGCCCUGCGCGCGCUGAACCUCAUGCCCGGUCCGCGGGACGGAUCCAAGUCCAUGAGUUUGUUCGGCCUGCUGAAUCACUGCAAGACCCCCGUGGGCAGCCGGCUACUGGCGCAGUGGCUGAAGCAGCCGCUCAUGGAUCGCGCGGAGAUCGAGAAGCGGCAGCAGCUGGUGGAGGCCUUUGUGGUGGAUACGGAGCUCCGCCAGACGAUGCAGGAAGAGCAUCUGCGGUCGAUCCCUGACUUGUAUCGCCUCGCGAAGCGAUUUCAGCGCAAGCAGGCCACCCUGGAGGAUGUGGUCCGUGUGUACCAGGUUGCGAUUCGUCUGCCAGGGAUUGUUGCUUCGCUGGAGAACGUGAUGGAUGAGCAGUACCAGACCCCACUCGAGAAAGAAUAUACCCUCAAGCUGCGCGGUUUCUCGGAUAGUCUGGCCAAGCUGGAGGAGAUGGUCGAGACCACCGUGGACUUGGACGCGCUGGAGAAUCACGAGUUCAUCAUCAAGCCGGAGUUUGAUGAGAGCUUGCGCAUCAUUCGCAAGAAGCUGGAUAAGCUGCGACAUGAUAUGAACGUAGAGCACCGUCGGGUGGGACGGGAUCUGGACCAGGAGGUGGAGAAGAAGCUGUUCAUGGAGAACCACCGUGUGCAUGGAUGGUGCUUCCGUCUCACUCGUAACGAGGCUGGUUGCAUCCGGAACAAGAGAGAGUAUCAGGAGUGCUCGACGCAGAAGAACGGCGUGUACUUCACCACAUCGACAAUGCAGGCGCUGCGCCGCGAGCAUGACCAGCUUUCGUCCAACUACAACCGCACCCAGACUGGUCUGGUCAGUGAGGUGGUCAACGUGGCGGCCUCUUACUGCCCUGUGCUGGAGCAGCUUGCCGGCGUUCUCGCCCACUUGGAUGUUGUGGUGAGCUUUGCCCAUGCCGCUGUUCAUGCCCCAACGCCGUAUGUCCGUCCCAAGAUGCACCCGCGCGGCACGGGAAAUACCAUUCUGAAGGAGGCCCGCCAUCCCUGCAUGGAGAUGCAGGAUGACAUCUCGUUCAUCACCAACGAUGUGUCCCUGAUCCGGGACGAGUCCUCCUUCCUCAUCAUCACCGGUCCCAACAUGGGCGGUAAAUCGACCUAUAUCCGGCAGAUCGGAGUGAUCGCGCUGAUGGCGCAGACGGGAUGCUUUGUGCCGUGCAGCGAGGCCGAGCUGACCAUCUUCGACUGCAUCCUUGCGCGUGUCGGGGCCAGCGACUCGCAACUGAAGGGCGUCUCGACGUUUAUGGCCGAGAUGCUGGAAACCUCCAACAUCCUCAAGUCGGCGACCUCCGAGUCCCUGAUCAUCAUCGACGAACUCGGCCGUGGAACGAGCACCUACGACGGUUUCGGUCUGGCGUGGGCGAUCUCCGAGCACAUCGUCACCGAGAUCCGUUGCUUCGGGCUCUUCGCCACCCACUUCCACGAGCUGACAGCCCUGGCGGACCGGUACCCCAAGUCCGCGAAGAACCUGCACGUCGUUGCCUUCAUCGGCGAUGGGGCCGACGGACAGCAGCCCAAAGACGACGCGCAAGACGCCAAGCGCAACCAGGUCACCCUGCUGUACCGGGUGGAGCCCGGCAUCUGCGACCAGUCCUUCGGGAUCCACGUGGCCGAACUGGUGCGCUUCCCCGAGAAGGUGGUCAACAUGGCGCGGCAGAAGGCGGACGAGCUGGAGGACUUCACCUCUGCUGGAACCCAAGGCGAUGGGUCAGCCCCGUCCUCCAUCGACAAAUAUUCCCAGGAGGAAGUCGAAGAGGGCAGCGCUCUUCUGAAGGAGAUGCUGCUCAAAUGGAAGGCGGCCGUCGAGUCACCCGGGACGAACCUCACCGUGGAGGAGAAGCGUCAGAUCAUGCGCGAUCUGGUGAAGAGCGAUCCCAAGCUGCAAGCGAACAAAGUGUUCCAGAGCAUUAAGGCUCUGAAUGACAACAUGCUCAUGAGCGAUGGGUUGUUACGGGUAUUCUGGCCAUACGAUUUGCCGCGAUCGUCAUCGCCGGGGGUGAUUGUCGGGUGGAGGAAUUCGGAACUGGAUUUGUUUGUCUUGACUGUGUUGGAGGGUGUGGAGCCACGGAAUGUCGACAAUGCUCUUCGCGCAGGCAUCCUCUUUCGCAACAGCCCGCACCCAAUUGUGCGCAUCUUUACAUUGUGUGGACGAUCGGCGAUGCAUGUUCUAGGCUCGACCAACUCCCCAGACCCGCCCAGUGCCUUCAAUCCGUCGCAUCUCUAUGUCACUACGACUCCGGCUUGUAAGGUGCCACGGAUCUGGUGCCCUCCGGAGACGAAUCUCUCGGUGCAGGUCAUCAUGUUUCACCGGCCGCAUCCGACUCGGAUGGAGUACAUGUCGCUGGAUCCGAUCUCGUUGGCGCUGGGAGAUAAGGUGGUCGCGGCCGAUCAACCCGAUGCGGUGUCCAGUAAGAUCGAUACCGAGGAGGAGCACGACAAGGGCAAGGGCGGGAAAUUGGUGGAGAAGCUCAAGCUUCAUACCGUCGUGAAGCAUGUCCCGUCUUUAAAGGAGCAAGCAUUGCCCCUCAUCAUCAACCAGGUCAAUUGCGCCUACGAGAUGGGCAAGCUGAUGGAGAAGAACAGCCAUCUGAUUGGAAUCCGGGUCAAGAGAAGCAUGAGUGUCGGAGAGCGAGUCGUAGAGUCUGCGACAACCCUGUGGGACUUGUUCGUUCUCGGCGUAUCCUACGUCUUCUGGCAGUGGAUCUGGCCGGUUAUCACCCGGAUAUUUGUUGUCGGGCUCGUGUUUCACCGCACCAUCGCAGAAAUUGUCCUGCAGAUCCUGGAGUGGCGCGCUCGCCCCGACGCUGCUGCGCUCAAGGACAUCUCUGCUACCGCUCAGCAGGUUGACAUCCGCCUUCAACAAUUCUGCUACUGGCCCAUUCAAUAUGUGAAGCUGCGACAAAGGAAAGAUAAUUGGGAGAGUGUGACGACUAGUCAUCCGGACUAUAUUCGAUUCUACAACAGCCUGUGGCUUGUGGCUAAUGAUGUGAUCAUUGGGAUCGCGUUGGGGUCAUACAUCAUAGACAACGCCAACUGGGUCGCCUUCCAGAUCAACUCCAUCUUGACGGGCUGGACAGUGGAGGGGCUGCAACGUACCAUAUCCUGGCUGAUGGACUGGCCGGCUGGCCUGAAAUUGAACAAUGAGCUCGCUGCGUUCCUUGGAGAUCUCUUUCUAUGGGUGAUAGAGAACUGGGCAGGUGGCAUGCCGAUUGCCCUGUUUUCCGACCUGGUGUCUAUCCUGACUGUCCACAUUUACUCCUUCUACAUUGCAUCGGCGCGGAUAUUCAACUGGCAACUGACCAUUAUCAUCUCGCUUUUCCAUCUCUUCCGCGGCAAGAAGCGAAAUGUGCUCCGCAACCGUAUCGACUCGUGCGAUUAUGAUCUCGAUCAGCUGUUGCUGGGCACCAUACUGUUCACUGUCCUUUUCUUCCUCCUGCCAACUGUGAUCGUCUUUUACCUCGCCUUCGCAAGUGCGCGAAUGUUGAUCAUCUCACUGAAAGCAGCGCUUGACACCUGCCUAGCCUUCUUGAAUCACUUCCCGCUCUUUGCACUGAUGCUACGAGUCAAAGACUCGCGACGAUUACCUGGCGGGAUCCGUUUCGAACUCCGGCAAGAGCACGACAAGUCUCCUGCAACCGGCAAGUCCACGACUAGCGUACCGUAUAUCCAUUUCGAGUCCAUUCCGCUCGCGCUUCGUGCCAUGUUCGACCAGUACUUCCAAUUGGGCCAUCGUCUCCGGAAACACUACCUCGCCCCGCGGGUCAUCUUCUGCCUCGUCACCGGCCGCUUCGUGCCUCCUAUCCACCGUCGCAACCUCUACGGCAUGCAGUACAGCAUGCUCCCCGCGCGCCGUGCUACCAUGAUGGAGGUGUGGUCCAUGUUGACACAGCCCCGCAAGACUAGUAGUGGAGGCAGCAGCUCCUCAUCGAUGGGUGGCGGGAUUGGCACGGCGGCGAAUGGGAUCCUGAAGGUUCCGGGGACCUUCGGACAAGGGGAUCUGCGGAGAAGAGGCCAUCGAUGA